AUGGUAAAAAUUAUCUCCGAUGGAUACGUAACCGAUAUUCUUUCUGAUAAAGAGCUUAAUGUAGCUCCAGCCAAUGUAAGCUGUGGUGUCAAUUUGCAAGAGGAAAUUCUGAACAAGCUGAAAGUCAAGCUUGUUGACUGGUCGCCAUACUCCCUAGGUCUGGAGAUUGCACUGGGCAUCUUCAUACUCUGCGGUAUCGGCCUCCUCCUUGUUGGCAUCACAGCGCUUGUUGAAUUCUGCCUAGGAGCGUUCAAGAAGGUAGCUCUGAUUAUUGCGUUAGCAAUAGAAAUCCGCACCUGUGUAAAACUUGAAUAG